UGUUGCCAUUCGAUGAUUUCACACAAUUUUCUUAAACAUAGUCAACGCCAAAUCACAUGUUCGCAAUGCAUACAAAAUGCAGUUUGUUAAUACCGAUCAAGGCUUUAACAUAACAAAGGCGGUCAAAGGAGCUUGCUGGAUGGAUUCUGUCUGAUGAGAUUUGUUUGUGUAUAUGUGUGGUUAGAUGUUUACAAAACAAAACCGUAUUGGCUUCUAUUUUAUGAAUGAAAUAAUCAGUAAAUUUAGAUAAUUAUGUCGUGUAAUUACGCUGAAGGACUGUCUAAGUAUGACAAUAAGGGCAUUCUUGGUUUGGCAGAGAUCUUCGAUGCACCCGAACUUGUGGAAGAGAAAUGUGAACAGUUAGCUAAAAUGAUACUAGCGUCGAAACAUACAGUUGUGCAUACGGGGGCUGGCAUCAGUACCAGUGCAGGUAUACCGGAUUUCCGCGGCCCUAACGGUGUAUGGACGCUGGAGGAAAAGGGCGAAAAACCAACAGUAAACAUCUCUUUCGAUGACGCCACCCCAACUCGCACACACAUGGCGUUAAAGGCUCUCGUAGCAGCUGGUCAUGUACAGUAUAUUGUAAGCCAAAAUAUCGAUGGUCUGCAUCUUCGAUCAGGGCUCGCUAGAGAAAAUCUUUCCGAGUUGCAUGGCAACAUGUUUAUAGAAGUGUGCCCCAAGUGUCGCCGCCAGUACGUGAGAAACAGCCCGGCUCCGACUGUGGGAAAGAAGGCAACAGGAAAUAUUUGCCCGGCUACGGGUGCAGGACGUGCCUGUCGUGGAGGAAAACUGAUUGACAACAUACUAGAUUGGGAGCAUGAUCUUCCAGAGAAUGAUCUUCAGCUUGCUUUUAUGCAUUCUGCGAUGGCUGAUUUAAACAUUUGUCUAGGUACAACGCUACAAAUUGUACCCAGCGGCGAUCUGCCAUUGAAAAAUCUCAAGCAUGGUGGACGACUUGUUAUCUGUAAUCUACAGCCGACCAAACAUGACAAAAAAGCCGAUAUGAAAAUAUCCAUUUACGUUGAUACAGUGAUGGAAAAGGUGGCCAAACGAUUGGGUAUAGAAAUUCCAGAAUAUCGACUGGAAGAAGAUCCAACGAAACUGCAUUCGUACACUGUUCAAUGGACUAUCAGCGGACAAAUGGUAAAAUGUUUUGAGAAACGCUACGAUAGUACAAUAAAAGCGAAGGGCAAAUUAAAAAAGCGAUGCUCUACGAUCAGCACCCAAAUAGAACGAGAAGAAAUUAAAAGAAACAGUAAAAAACUGAAAAGGGAAAAUCAUUCCAACGAAGAAAGUGAACCUUCUUCAAACGCUUGCGAUUUAGCUGAAUAAAUAGACUUCUAAAAA